AUGAGCAUCAGCCCGCCGAUUAAGUCAAGUAACUCAUUAUUAUUAUUAUUAUUAUUAUUAUUAUUAUUAUUAUUAUUAUUAUUAUUAUUAUUGUUAUUAUUAUUAUUAUUAUUAUUAUUAUUAUUAUUAUUAUUAUUAUUAUUAUUAUUAUUAUUAUUAUUAUUAUUAUUAUUAUUAUUAUUAUUAUUAUUAUUAUUAUUAUUAUUAAAGGUAGCAACAAUAAUCUACACAAAGAAAACAUAG